CAGGGAUUGGCGGAUUGUAUCUUUAUAUCUUAAUCUUAUGCCAGUUAUAAUACUGUCAUCAUCAGUAUGAUUUUUUUCGUAGCCUAGACCGUGAAACCGAAGAAACCAUGGCUAAUCAGGGCUUUAUACCCGGCUCAGCCGUGAAUCCCUCAACUCAAGUUGAAAUAAGUGUUUCCUGCAGAAAUCUUCAAGACAAAGAUGCAUUUUCUAAAUCUGAUCCAAUGUGUGUACUAUACAUCAAGGACGCAAGAACAGGUUCUUACCAGGAGUUUGGCAGAACAGAGAUGAUCAAGGACACGCUUAAUCCAGACUUUGUUCACAAGUUUGUGAUGAACUACUACUUCGAGGAGAGUCAGAAACUCAAAUUUGAAAUAUAUGAUGUUGACUCACCUAAACAAGCCCUAUCAGGACAUGAUUUUCUCGGGAGAUUGGAAUGUUCACUAGGAGAAAUUGUCGGGGCGUCCAGUGGUAGAAUGGACGCAAAACUCCAGGGAUCCAAGGGUCGUGGACAGAUAAUUGUAAGAGCUGAAGAAAUGAGUGCUUCAAAGGAGCUGCUAACUCUUCACUUCAGUGGAACCAAAUUGGACAAGAAAGACUUUCUGGGAAAAUCAGACCCCUUCCUAAUUCUAUAUAAGGCCAAUGAGGAUCGCAGUUUCACAGCUGUUCAUAAGACAGAGGUUAUAAAAAAUACACUCAAUCCAACAUGGCGGCCUUUUCAAAUUCCAGUGGCAAAACUUUGUAAUGGAGACUAUGACAGAACUGUAAAGAUUGAAUGCUAUGACUGGGAUAGUGAUGGAAGCAGCCAUGACUUUAUAGGAGACUUUACCACCAAUGUAAGGGAACUAACUGGCAAACCAAAUCUUAGUUUUGAGUUAAUUAAUCAGAAGAAGAAAGCGAAGAAGAAAAGCUACAAAAAUUCAGGACAGAUUCACUUGCUCAGUGUUAAAAAAGAAAUAAAGCCAUCAUUUUUAGACUUUUUAAAAGGAGGGACACAAUUGAAUUUCACAGUAGCAAUAGAUUUUACUGGCUCCAAUGGAAAUCCUGCCUCUCCUCACUCUCUACAUUACAUCAAUCCUUAUCAACCCAAUCAGUAUGUGGCAGCCAUUCAAGCUGUUGGGGAGAUAAUCCAGGACUAUGAUAGUGAUAAACUGUUUCCUGUAUUAGGAUUUGGUGCUAAGUUACCAGAUGGAACAGUUUCACAUGAAUUUCCUGUGAAUUUCAAUCCAGCCAAUCCAUAUGUGCAGGGUAUAGCAGGUAUAUUAGAUGCUUACCAGAAUGCAAUAAGACGAGUCCAGCUCUAUGGACCUACCAACUUUUCUCCAGUUAUCAAUCAUGUAUCAAAGUUCGCAGCCUCUGUAAGAGAUGGCUCUAAUUACUUUGUCCUGCUGAUUCUGACAGAUGGAGAAAUCACGGACAUGCGGAACACUAUUGAUGCUAUAGUCACUGCAUCUCAUUUGCCCCUUUCCAUAAUUAUUGUAGGUGUAGGAAAUGCUGAUUUUUCAGCAAUGAAUGUGCUUGAUGCAGAUGACCAGAGACUGUGUUCAAAUGGAAAGUAUGCUGUGCGAGACAUAGUGCAGUUUGUUCCUUUCCGAGACUUCCUUGGAGGACAGUCUGGAGGAAAUACUCAGAUAUCUCAAGCAGCUCUUGCCAAGGAGGUACUGGCAGAAAUACCAGGACAAGUGGUGCAAUACAUGCAAGCCAACAAGAUCACUCCUAAGCCACCAAGAACUGACAUUGUUCUUCCCGGACAAAAUCCUCCUCAGCAAAACCAAGGGCAAAACCCCCCUCCCCCUCCUCCAACACAGAAUCAGGGACCCAUGCCAUCAUGGGCUAAGGCCCCUCCUGGGGGCCCCUCUGCCCCUCCCCCAGCUUCAGGUGGCUCUUGUCCUUACCCCCAACAGGGACCCUGGUGAAAUUAGUUUCUUCUGAUUAAUGCUUCUGCUUUGUUUUCAUUGAAUCAAGGAUUUAUUUGAAUAAGGAGAAAUAGUCAAUUUUAAAAAUUCUAAGGCUGAAGCCCAUCUGAACCUCACAAAAAUGCAUGUUUUCAAUAUAUAAUAAAGAGAAAGAAUUCAGCGAUCGUGCUUGUAAUGAAUUCUAAUUUUAGUGAUUUUCAUCCUCCUUAUUUUAAAAUGCAUUAUGAACUAGUCAGAUAUAACAAGUUAUGUUUUUAACAAAUCAAAAUUGUUCUUCCUUGAGACUUCACUAUUAAAGUGUGUGCAAAAUAUUCUCAAUAUUUAAAAUUUAUUAGAUUUCUUAGAUUUACAGUUCUUAUCAUGAAUAUUGGUUAUAUCGGUUUAAGAUAACAAAGCUGAAGAUCUGAAGAUAAUAUGGUGAGGAUGCUAGCUCACUUUUAAUAAGAAUAUACAUGUAUCCCUGGUAUUAUGUACAUAUUCUUGUUGAAUUGCAAAAUUUUAAUAAUAUUUUGUUUUAUGAAGUUAGUCUGAGACCGUCUUGAUCAACCCAUGUAUAGUGAGAUAAUAUUUACAUACUUUAUAUUUAUUUUUCAUGUUUUACUUGUAAAAGAAUCUGCAUUUAUUAAGGCAUAUAAAUACAGUGCAUGUGUGCAUCUACAUGUAACUUGUGUUUUUAUUUGCAGCAUUGUUUAUAUAAUGUAACCCAUAUUGUAAUCAGGGUCAUAGCAAGGACUGUAUUGUUGUAGCUUAAUUUGAUUUUUGUGUUGUCAUUUCAUAUCAAAAUGAUAUUUAAGUUUCAUGAACUUUAAACUCUUUCCCAUACUUCAGAAUAUGCCGAUACUUUUGUUUGUUAUUUUGUGUUAUUACUUAUAUUUGUGACGUUAUCUGAAGUUUACAUUUUUGUUUCAAACUGAGAUGUUGCCUAGUCAAAAUAUUUGAGCAUAAUCAGUGGUAUUACCAAGGUAACUAAGAGGUGUUUAUACAUUUUUUUGUGUGCAAUUUAUUCAUUUUUUUAUGCAAAGAAGAAAAUUUAGUGACAAUUUUGCUAACUAUAGCAUUGUUGCAAGUAGUUUCAUUGGUAAUAUAAACACCAAUAUCUGACUUGCAUUAAUACUAAAUAUUGUAAACAGCUUGCCUUAGUUAAGGUAAAGUAUAAAUGCUGGCAUUGUUUUAAAACAGAACUAUGACAUUGAAACAAAUGGUAAUUAAAGUGUAAAUUAAGUUUUUAAAGUUUUUUUUUUGGUUAAAAUUUUAUGUUUGUGUAGAUGUAUAAAAAUUCACUAUGCUUCUUUAAACUUCGCUUUUAUACCAGUACAUGUAAUUUUUUAAGUUUAAAAUCAAUAUUAUUAAGUCGUAAAGAUAUGAUUUUUGUGUAAAU